CCCUAAACCUAGUUGAUCAAUAGCAGCCGCCACUCCCUCCUUCUACUGUUGGCGCCGCACCACCGGUUUCACUCACCUCCACCAUCUCCGGCGUCGCCAACUCCAUGUUACCGCCACCGUGAAGCCGUAGUGAGCCGCCAAGCGUGCUGAGCACCAUCAGUGAUGUUUGCAGCCGACAGACAAGUGAUUCAAGGCCGAUGUCGGGGCCAUUGUGCCUCUAUCGUCUCUGGUAAUGGCGCACCCUUAUCUCUCCACUUCUCCAGCUGCCAUGGCAGCGGGUGACCGGUGGAUGGACGUUUGGACAGAAGAGGCAUUGCUCGAUUCCGCCGCCACCGUCAAGCAACUAUUUCAGGCACUCCGGUUUCCCUCCGCCACACUUUUCCACUGUUGCCUAGCGAACCGACGUCAACCGACAUCGUUGCCGCCUGUGGUUGCUGCCACUGCCAUCUCCCGUCGCCACCAGGUGGUGGCUGAAUCCGUUUGCAAGAAUCUAGCGUGGUUGGGUGUGAUAUUUAGUGUGUGUGUGUGUACGUGUGUUUUAAUAGGUAAGGGGUUCUAUGGCCGGAAUUCGUGA